ACACAUAGCCCACAGUACCUGGACACUUUGGACGGUGGAGUCGGUAGAGCCACAAUGGAGGUGUUUUCUUCCCGUGACAGUCCGGUGCUUCGCAGGUGAUUAAUACCGAAAGCUAGAGAUAAACCUGGAGCCCUGCGUAACGAAACAAGGAUAGGAGCUUUUUUAAGAUGGAUACCUCUAAACUUCCAAAGAUCAAGGAUGAGGAGCGAGAAAGUCAGUUUGGAUACGUACAUGGAGUCUCCGGACCAGUGGUGACAGCCACUGCGAUGGCAGGAGCUGCCAUGUAUGAACUGGUUCGGGUGGGUCACAGUGAGCUGGUGGGAGAAAUCAUCCGUCUGGAGGGAGACAUGGCAACAAUCCAGGUCUAUGAGGAGACUUCUGGUGUGUCUGUGGGUGACCCUGUCCUUCGAACAGGGAAACCCCUCUCUGUGGAGUUGGGUCCAGGAAUCAUGGGCUCCAUUUUUGAUGGUAUUCAGCGUCCAUUGAAAGACAUCAAUGACCUCACUAAAAGCAUUUACAUCCCAAGGGGAGUGAACAUUGGAGCUCUUAACAGAGAUGUCAAAUGGGAGUUUACUCCUGGACAAAGUCUACGGGUUGGCAGUCACAUCACAGGUGGUGAUAUCUAUGGCAUGGUGUUUGAAAACUCCUUAAUAAAGCACAAGCUGAUGCUCCCACCUCGCAACAGAGGAACUGUCACCUACUUGGCACCACCUGGACAUUAUGAUAUUUCUGAUGUAGUUCUGGAGCUUGAAUUUGAAGGGAUUAAGGAGAAGUUCACCAUGGUGCAGGUGUGGCCAGUACGACAGGUUCGCCCUGUCACAGAGAAGCUCCCUGCCAAUCAUCCACUCCUGACUGGUCAGCGAGUUCUGGAUGCCCUCUUCCCUUGUGUACAAGGUGGUACCACUGCUAUACCUGGUGCUUUUGGUUGUGGAAAGACGGUGAUCUCACAGUCCUUGUCCAAGUAUUCCAACAGUGACGUUAUUAUCUACGUUGGGUGUGGAGAGCGUGGAAAUGAAAUGUCUGAAGUGCUGCGAGAUUUUCCAGAGCUCACUAUGGAAGUAGAUGGCAAGGUGGAGAGCAUCAUGAAGAGAACAGCAUUGGUUGCUAAUACAUCCAACAUGCCUGUGGCUGCCAGAGAGGCAUCCAUUUAUACAGGGAUUACACUGUCUGAAUACUUCAGAGAUAUGGGCUACAACGUCAGCAUGAUGGCUGACUCGACAUCUCGAUGGGCUGAGGCUCUGAGAGAAAUUUCAGGAAGAUUGGCUGAAAUGCCUGCUGACAGUGGAUAUCCUGCAUAUCUGGGUGCCAGACUCGCCUCUUUCUACGAACGUGCUGGACGUGUGAAGUGCCUGGGAAACCCAGAGAGAGAGGGCAGCGUCAGCAUCGUAGGAGCUGUGUCGCCCCCUGGUGGAGACUUCUCAGAUCCUGUCACUUCAGCCACUUUGGGAAUUGUUCAGGUGUUCUGGGGUUUGGACAAAAAGCUGGCCCAGAGAAAACAUUUCCCUUCUGUAAACUGGCUGAUCAGCUACAGCAAGUACACGCGUGCACUGGAUGAAUAUUAUGAUAAACAUUUCCCUGAGUUUGUGCCCCUUCGUACGAAAGCUAAGGAGAUUCUGCAGGAGGAAGAGGACCUGGCUGAAAUUGUGCAGCUUGUUGGCAAGGCUUCUCUUGCUGAGACUGAUAAGAUCACUCUGGAAGUCGCUAAACUUAUCAAGGAUGACUUCCUUCAACAGAAUGGUUAUACCCCAUAUGACAGGUUCUGUCCUUUUUACAAAACCGUUGGCAUCCUCUCCAACAUGAUUGCUUUUUACGACAUGGCCCGUCACGCUGUGGAGUCCACAGCCCAGAGUGACAACAAAAUCACCUGGGCCAUGAUCAGGGAGCACUUGGGAGAGAUCCUGUACAAGAUCAGCUCCAUGAAGUUCAAGGACCCAGUUAAAGACGGCGAAGCUAAGAUCAAAGCCGAGUACGCCCAGCUGCUGGAGGAUAUGCAGAAUGCCUUCCGAACCCUGGAGGAAUGAGCCUCUUCACCUUCCUCUCCCAAACAUCCCAAUCCUAGUGCAGUGCAACAUCGUGCAGAAUUCUUGGCCCGUGGUCUCGAUGUCAUGUGACCUUCCUCAUUCUUCUGUGUUUACAUCCCUUUAAUCAUUCCAUAAGCUGCACAGAUUUGUUUUUUUUGUUUUUUUCUUUUGUAUUCAUCUGUUCCAACAAUGCAGCGCUGGAAUCUACAGGGCACAAAAAUACUCUGACACUGUAGCGACACAUUUGCUGAGCCCAUUGCAUAGCACACAGAGAUCACUACACCAUCAUGUUGUGGUUAAAUAUAGUGGGCCCUAAUCAGGUGCUGCACUGGCACUUAACUUCUAGCUGCAACAAAGAGAGGAAAGGGACAUUUCUGUCCCCCAUGAUGUGAUUGUUACAGAUGAAUCAAGUGGAAAUAUGCACAUGGGUAAAGGGACAGAUGCAGUGUGUUAUUUCAGGGGGUUAAAGGCAUUCUUUCACCUCUUACCUCGUACGUGUGAUAGUGACGAUUAAACAAUAUACUUGAUAUAUAAAUGUGUGUGUAUAAAAUGUGAAUGAAUGGGGAUGUUAGAUCUGUGAUGUAUCAGGUGUUUCUAUUAUGCUGUUGUGUUCAUGGUAUGCUGUUGUGUCCAGAAUAAAUGUAGAGAAAUCACA